AUGCUUCUCUCUCUUUCCGGUGCGCAGCGUGCUGCCACGUCAUCCAUUGUGUGUGCUCUGCUUCUGGCUGUUCUCUCCUCUCUGUCUGUGCGCGUCAAGAGCAGCCCCUCCUCUCUGGUGGUCUGUGUGCCGCCAUCGCCUGCCUCUUUGCGGCCCCAAACACGUAAUGCACGAGUGAGAAGCAUACCUCUUGUGUCAGAUCUGCCACUGCGCUGUCGAAAAAACCUCCCUUCGUCGAGCGUCCCUCCCUGAGCUCGCACGCAAACCCUGCAACCCUACGAAAUCGCCUCUCUCUCCUUCACCACCAGAUUCCACCGCUGACAGACGCUGACGUACGUAACAGACGCCGACCGAACACAUACCUGCGCGCGUAUGUCUGUCUGUCUGUGUGUGUCUGUGUGCAUCUGUCUGUGUGUAUGCAGCAGGCAGGGAUCUCAUCUUUCCCUUCUUCGUUUUGUCACUGCAGCAGUGCGCUGGUACGCACACACAAAAGACACACGGAGGGACGGACAGAGGCUGCCGGUGUGUGGGUGUUCAUUUCUGUGUGUGAGUAGAGGUUAAUUCUGUGCCUCCCCGCCCGAACAACUCGCGCCAGAGCGCCGGGGGACGGCUACACCCCCACCACCAGGCACCAGAGCACAUAGCCGGCUGCGGCGGGUAUGCCAUUGGGUGUGGAUGGCUCGGUCUGUGCGUCGAUGUCUGUCUGCAGGCGCGUCUGUCGUCCCAGAGGCUCCACUCUCGGUGUGGUCGGUCAAAGAGCUGAGAAGAAGCC